UUAGAUUCAUGAUAAUUUUCAAAAUGGCGGAAAAACGCAAAUUGCCAAGUGCCAGCAGCGGAGCAAAACGAAUAAAAGCUCUAUUUUCGUCCUUUAUUCGAAAGGAAACAAACAAUGAAACAAAAGCUGAAAGCUCUCUUGAAUCAGGUGAUCCUGAGGUUAAAAUUGAUGGUACUGAGGGUCAGGUGACAGGUGACACCAUAGAUGGAGCUGUCUCAGGGAGUAAGCCAGAGACCCCAAGCCGCCGAUCCUUCCGACCGCUCAACAUUGAGGAUUUCUUUGGGAGAGUGGAGACCUUUACAGCAUUUGGUUGGUUUGCCAAGCCCUCUGAUCUAUCCCCUCUACACUGUGCCCGUCAUGGCUGGGAGAACAUUAAUGCAGAUUGCCUGAAAUGUGUCAGCUGCAGGGAGAUUCUAUGUGGUGGGCUUCCAGUCAUGUGGGAAACAGACUCAUAUGCUCAAGCUUACGGAAAGUUGAAGGAUUCCUUGAAGAUAGCUCACAGCAAGAUAUGCCCCUGGCCUGACAGCCCAUCACCAGAGUCAUUUCUCCACAUUCCACUGGGUGAUGUGAAAUCAGCUGUUGAAAGCUUCUACUCCCGAUUAGACACCAUGCACUUGUUAGGCGUCAGUUUGCCCAGCAUUGACUGCAGUAUUAUCAAGGAGGAGGAGCAGUUUGUUAUCGAUGAGGUUGAGCCAGCACUGUUGAAGUUGAUUGCAGAGAGGGAAGAUUCCGCGAUCAUUGUUAGUGAAGAGGAGAAACCCAUCUGGCUCACUGUCUGUCUCCUUGCUGUGUUUGGCUGGCUAAAAAGUCAUACAGAACAGACUGGUUGCCCUGUAUUGGUUUGCCAGUACUGUAGACGUCAUGCUGGUCUAUGGAAUUUCAUUUCCUUGAAAGAGGCUGAGGCCAAACCAGCAAUUAUUAAUGAAGCAAGUAGCACAGACACAGAAAGACAGGAAUCACCAACUGAUAGAAUCAAAGAUAUUGAGAAGUCAGCUUUCAACCCUGCUACAGAACAUCGGUCGUGGUGCCCUUGGAUUCAGCCAUCGGCUUUCCAGCCACUCAGACUGCAGAGAACUUCAAACGAGCUAACUCAAUCUGACGACAAACCUAUAGCUAAGCUGAGCUGGCAACAGCUCCUUAUCAUUCUACUGAAGAGGACUGACCCGCAAACCUAUGGAGCUCUGGCCCCUGUUAUCAACAAGGAAACUACCCCGCCUAGUCAGACUUGGAAGGCAGUAAGAAGAAUCUUGAACAUCUGGCAAAGCAAGGAGACAGCACCUCCUCCUAAUGCAACCACAGAUCCUCCCAAGGACUCCAGCUAGUCCACUAGACAGUAUACUGAAGAACGUCUUUUAAACAUCAUUUUAUGUGCUGUGUAUAUUCCCUUUUCCUCUAAAGUAUUUAAACCAGUAAUUCCUAAUGAGCGUUAAGUUUUAAGAAACAGGAAAAAACCUUGCAAAUAUGUGCCACCUGAGAACAUUAUUUCCUGGUGGGAGUUGCCCCAAUUUGUACUUUCUUCUUUCUUUAUUUAUUAAGCAAAUGUCUCAAAAGUUGGAGUUUCCUUUUCUUUUUAAACAUUUGUACUUUGCAAAUACAAUUUUUUAAAAUAUUUUCAAACUAGAUAGGCCGUUGUGCCUCCUCACUCGGACCACAGACUACAUCUGAAUGAAAGAUCUUACAUUAAAACCUUUGAAGAUCUUAUUCAUGUAUCGCCCAGCUGUGAGCUGCCCUGUGUCAAUGUGCAUAAAGCAUAGAGUCAAAUACAUAUCUGAGGAAUUUUUGUUUUGUUGAUAGUUUUAGCCAUUGAGAACUCUGACACUGUGGUGCACCCUUAUGGUCCUGUUUGCUGUGUUAAACAAGCAAGACGGUGGGGAUGAAGUUAAACCAGAAGCUCGUAAAAUGCACCUCAAGAUGUACUCUUGCACACUCUGUACAGGGUAGUUGAGCAGACCUGCCAACCUUGCUGUACUCCUUCCUGAGGUUAGGCAUUACCACGCAAUAGAUUAAAAGGUGCUUGAGUGAGCAUUCAGUUUAUUAAAUGUUUAAUCUGUUAUGUGGUAAUGCCUGACCUCAGGAAGGAGUACUGCAAGGUUGGCAGGUCUGGUUGAGACCUACUGUUCCCCGACCCAACAAUAAAGAAAAUAAAAAAUCAAGUAAAUUGUGUACAGUGGACUUGAGUGAAAUCAGUGGCAACUGUGUAUUUUUGUAUUCUUAAUUGUUAGUAUUGAUCAAAAUGUCAAACUUAAAUGUGCAUAAAAAGGAACAAUUUUGGUAAAUGUACUCGUUCAGUUGGUUGAGAUCAUGUUAAUUUUUAAUGCAAUUUAUGGGGGGGUGGCAUGUCAUAAAAGCACACGUAGUAUGUCUCAGAUUGCAAAGCUGAAUUUUUGAAUUUAAGGUCAGUAAAAGUUGCCUUGGAGACUGGUGGAAACUGGCAAGCAUGUAACCACAGAAGGUAAUUUCACUAAACUGUAAAGACUUACCUUGGUGACAAUUAGAACACACUGAGGUGAUCUGGCAAUUGGCCAAGUGACAUUUGAGACAAAAUCUUUUUUCUGUUUUGUUUUCUUAGACAAAUUGUGAUUUUUAAAAGAUUAAUUUCCUUAUUUCUCACUGUUUUGUAAUGCAAUUUUUGUUAAAUCAAAAUUAAAAAUUUUCAUAACCAUGUACACACAAUGUUGAAAGUCUUGCAGUAGCUAGUGACAUCUGUACAUGAUUUUGAUUUGUUUGACAAUAAAAUAUCAACCAAUCAUGGUCAUGGUUCGGACGUGACCAUGGUUUAUAUAUUGUAUUCAUGGUUUAUAGCCAUGCUGAAAUGUUGUUUAUUUCUAACUGUUUAUUACAAAGUGAGAUAAUUUUGAAUUCAAAAUUUCAUUUAAUUGUAAACUGCAGAUCUGUUUAUUGUGAAGUGUGACCAAACUUAAUCAUUCAGUGAAGUAAAGGUUAAGUCUUAAAAGGUAUACGUUUGGAAAUACUCGUA